GGGCGGAGCAACAUAACCACCGCUACUUGUCUCUUCCGUCUGUUUUUUAACCGAGAGGAAGGGGGAGAGGAAGGCCGGGGAAGAGACGAAGAAAGACUUCCAUCUCUCUCUCACAGAUUCUUCGGAGAGGAUUCUCUGCAGGGAGAAAAAUGGGGCUGACCUUCACGAAACUCUUCAGCCGUUUAUUUGCGAAAAAGGAGAUGAGGAUCUUGAUGGUCGGGCUUGAUGCAGCUGGUAAAACGACCAUCCUCUACAAGCUCAAGCUUGGAGAGAUAGUCACCACCAUACCCACAAUCGGAUUCAAUGUGGAGACUGUGGAGUACAAGAACAUUAGCUUCACUGUUUGGGAUGUUGGUGGUCAGGAUAAGAUCAGGCCUUUAUGGAGGCACUACUUCCAGAACACUCAGGGGCUGAUAUUUGUUGUUGAUAGCAAUGACAGAGAUCGUAUUGUUGAGGCAAGGGAUGAGCUCCAUCGGAUGCUAAAUGAGGAUGAGUUACGUGAUGCUGUGCUGCUUGUGUUUGCAAACAAACAAGACCUUCCUAAUGCAAUGAAUGCUGCUGAGAUUACUGAUAAGCUUGGCCUUCAUUCUCUGCGUCAACGACACUGGUACAUACAGAGCACUUGUGCUACAUCGGGUGAGGGGUUGUAUGAGGGGCUUGAUUGGCUCUCCAACAACAUCGCCAACAAGGCCUAAAAUUUUCAACAUGCUGGGUAAAGCAUUUCAAUAUAUUUCUGGCUUAUAUAUACCUCGUGCAGUUGUGGUGGUGCUUGCUGUAGUGACACUUUGAGCCGUCAGUUUACCAUCUUUUUUCUAAGUUUCUUUCGCUUCUGUUGUACUGUUCAGAACCUUUUGUCACCGAGCUUUGGAGCAUUUGACUUAUGCAGUCUACAGGGUAGAAUAUGAUCUAUUUACAUUUCAGUGGUUAUUGUACAGGGUUGUGUUCUGCUUUGGGUUGGUGAGAAGCUGUGUAGUUAAUAGUUGGGGAUGUUAACCCUGCUGUUGUUUGCCUUAUCAUAGCAUCUAAGCAGACGAAUGAUAUUGAUAUAUGCUGCUUUUCACAAAUGUC